CGCGCUGAGAGCAAACGAGGUGUCCGUACGUCAAAAUACUUUCAUAAACUCAAAUAAACUUGGGUGGUUAUAGUCGAAAGUAACUACACGCCGAGAUCUUUGUUUUUUUGCGAGUUGACGAAGAGGCUGUUUGUGUGAUCUGCGAGGAAUAUGAUCUCCAUGAGUUAUAUUUAGACUGCAUGCCUUAUUGACUCAUUUGCACCUCCAGUGACGAGUUUUAAUCAGUGAUACAAAUAGGUAAUGUAGCGCUUUCUUUCGGUUUGCUCAACAAAAGGUCUCCCAUGCGACUGAAGAACGAAUUUAAAGCGUGUUUGAUUUUCGAAGGAGCGGGAGUUGUUUAGGAGUGCAGUCAACUUACUGACUGACUGGCGAGAGAGACCGAGGGAUCUACGACGCGAAACGGUGGAAAAGAGACGCCAGAAGACGCGUCCAACAUGACCCUGGGAACGGAUAUGUCCGACAGCUCAGCAUUGUCAGACGAUGUGGAUAUAGAUGUUGUUGGUGGAGACAUAGCUGUUGUGAAAGAUGGAAAAUAUCUGCACCACCACAAUUUCCACUUGGACAAUGACUCGGACGAUACUCUGUCUCAGAAUGCAGGCGAAGGCGCUUCCUCCCCUGGUCACAACAACUUGGACUGCCCACAGGACCGAGUUGGAGUCGGAGGGGAUGGCGGCCCAGGAGACAUGACAACAGAAAAAGCUAGUAAGAAUACACUUGUAAAGCCUCCAUACUCGUAUAUUGCCUUAAUCACAAUGGCUAUUCUACAGAGUCCCAAGAAACGUUUAACUCUCAGCGAGAUCUGCGAGUUUAUCAGCAACAGGUUUCCGUACUACCGGGAAAAAUUUCCCGCUUGGCAAAACUCUAUUCGUCACAAUCUCUCCUUAAAUGACUGUUUUGUGAAAAUCCCCCGAGAGCCCGGCAAUCCUGGCAAGGGCAAUUACUGGACCCUCGACCCGGAUUCAGCCGACAUGUUCGACAAUGGGAGUUUUCUGCGCAGGAGAAAGCGCUUCAAGCGCCACCAAGCCAAUGAGAUUCUCAGGGACGCAGGGGGGUUCUUGCCCGGGUUCGGCUAUGGCCCAUAUGGCUAUAAUUAUGGUCUUCAGCUGCAGAAUUUCCACGCUCACCAUCCCUAUCAUCCACACCACCCCGGAGGCACUUUCCCUUUUCAAAAUGCACCUUGUGCUCUCCCUUCCCCUGCCUCCAUAUUUUCCACGCCGCACUCCCUUCCAUCGCUUUUGGGGGCCGAACUGAGAAAGCCAUUUUACCCCCAGCUAAGCCCGACACUGCCCGGGCUUCCUCCGCUCAAGACUGACACCAGCACUCCCAGUCGGCCGUCCUUCUCUAUAGACAAUAUCAUUGGUGCAACCAACUCGCCAGCCUCGCCAUACAACGCGCAGCAGGGCAGCCAGACUCAGAUCCUGGCUAUGCUGACCCCUUCGCUCGCAUCGGCUUCCAACCACUUGAAUCUCGCACAGGAAAGUGUCCUGCAGCCGACCGCACAGACUUUCGCAAGCAAAACAGCUAUGAACAAUUGUCAUUACUAAACUGGGGUUCAGGCCCCUAAAGCACAGAGUUCCUUUUAUUCCAUUCUGGUAUUGUCGUCAUUUGUUAAGGUAGGAUAAAUAUUCUUUGCGUAACUAAGGCUUUUAUUCUCCGCUCUCUUAAAAUAAUAUAAGAGAAGGCAAACGACCACGGUAGGCUACUUAUAUUUAUGAACUGUAAAUAUGUAAAUAGCACAAAAAAUUGAUUAAUAGGAGAGUCUUAUUUAGACGAAUAUAUGAAAAAUCAAAAAAGUAAAUGUGGAGCAUACAGUCUCACCUUCGUCGGCCUGUGGCCUGAUGCCUCAAUUUUAAACGGAAGACCAGCUGUUUGACUAGAGAGAAAAUAGCCAACACGUCCUUCUGCUCAGAUGCGAUACAUUUUCUUGCUGGCUGACAUAAUUUGAGAUUUUUUAUUGCUAUGUCCUUGUUUUAUAUAUUAUGUGAGUUUGUGAAAAGCACUGUUAAUACCGAGACUGAAUACUCAGGUUUUAAUUGUUUUUGAAGCACAUUGCUGGAGACGAUAGGGGCUGUAAAUAGAUCACAGGCUAACAUUUCCCACUCGCCCCUUUGUUCUCCACAUAGUGGUGUUUAGGUGAAUUUAUAAUUAUAUUAUUUUAUUUUGUCAAUAGGCAAUUAUGUGGUUUGGUGUAAAUCGCAUUACCUCUCCUGUUUGACUGUUGUACAUACGUUCCCUAGGCUAUUUCAUUGAAAGUAAUCUGUGAACAGUUGUUAUGUGUAAAGAAAGACGAAACACUUAAUGUCCAUGGGUCAUUUUUGUUGUAACGACAAAAAAUAAA